AUGGCCGUGGCCCGGCACUCAGACCUCACAGAAGCGGCGGUGGCGGCCGCAGCUUGGGGCGGCACAGGGCGGCGGCUGGAGGCCCGGACAGAACCGCCCUCUCCGGGGCCGCCGCGCGCCUGCCUCAGCGACUGCGCGGCCCCAUUCCAGCCCCUCCGCCAGAAAGGCCUCAUCCACCCCUCCCCUCAAGGGGAUUCCCUUGGGACCAUCUCCAAAAACGGCCCAUUGGGGCCCUUCAUGCUGAGCAGAUUAAACAUGAAGACGGGUAUGGAGACCCUGUGGGCCCAGGAGGUGAUAGACAUCAUAGAGAAGUACCAGCAGGGACACCGAGCUGGGACAAUGGUGAAAAACUGGGAUGAGGAGUUCAAAAUCUACAGAUGCAUCGACCGGCUCGGGUUUCUGCAUGAGAAGGAGCUUCCCCGUGUCACCACCCACGAGGUGAAGAUGUCUCACCGGGUGUACAAGGGGAUUCCCCCCCAAGUGCGGGGUCGGGCCUGGUCUCUUCUACUGGGUGUGGACAAGGUCAAGAUGCAGAACCCAGGGAAAUACCAGAGAAUGAAGGAGCAGGGCAAGAUGCUCUGCCAGCAAAUACAGAAAAUUGAUCUUGAAGUCAGCUGCACCUUCACCAACCAUGUGAUGUUUCGGGACCGCUAUGGCAUCAAGCAGCAGGAACUCUUCCACGUGCUGGUAGCCUUUUCUGCCUAUGACACGGAGGUGGGUUACUGUGAGGGAAUGAGCCACAUUGCUGCCAUCCUGCUCAUGCACCUAAACGAGGAGGAUGCCUUCUGGGCACUGGUCCAGCUCAUGACAAAUCAGCGUCACAACAUGCACGGAUUCUACAUACCAGGAGCCCCAAAGCUGCGCAGACUCCUGUUCUUUCAUGAGCAGUUGCUCAGAACAAUGCUUCCGCAGCUACACAAGCACUUGGACGACCAGGGAGUGAUAGCAGAUGUAUACACCUACUGGUUCAGCCAGUGUUUCAUCGACGAGAUCCCUUUCCAUCUCUCCCUGAGAAUUUUUGAUGUGUUCAUCUUGGAGGGUGAGCCACUGCUGACAGGCAUGGCAUACACUACAAUGAAAAUUCAUGGAAAACUCCUCCAGAACCUGCACCAGGCUGGCAUCCUGCGAUUUUUCACGGAAAAACUGUCCAGGGACUGGGUCCUCCAGGAUGAUGAGGUGCUGAGGCAACUUCAGGUGUCUAUGGAAGAAGUGCGUGGAGCCAAGUGUGGCCUGGCCCCCUUAGCGAGAAGAGAUGAAUUUCCGAGGAAGAUCCUGGGCCUGGAUCUGGUGUCCUCAGGACCCGGGCCUCGGCUGGCCUCCCGAAGCAUGGAGACUCACCCCAGAGAUGUCGGACUGGCCAUCUCUAACCCACCGGCCAAGGCCCAGAGGCAUGAGGGAGCCUGUUCAGAGCCCAGGGCUGCGAGUCUCUCACUGGGUGCCCGGGGAAAUCAGGGUGUGGCUGGCCUGUCCCCUGUCCAGGACAGGGCACCAGUAAUAUGGAAACUCCUGCAGUGGAGCUCGCUGCCAAACCUCCCCAGCGAUGUGGACUUUGGGGCCCCAUGGUUCCCCAACGUCAGCUUUCAACAGGAGUGCUGGGUCCGUGCCACUUGUCCAUCAGCUGUGGCCACCCCUAGGACCCCAGUCCAGGACAGGCCACCAGUAAUAUGGAAACUCCUGCAGUGGAGCUCACUGCCUAACCUCCCCAGCGAUGUGGACUUUGGGGCCCCAUGGUUCCCCAACGUCAGCUUUCAACAGGAGUGCUGGGUCCGUGCCACUUGUCCAUCAGCUGUGGCCAAACCCUAG